CGCGACUUCUUGGAGCCAUUUCUGAAUUUGUUUCAUGGUAUAAGCAUUCGUUUAGACGUAUCAUACCCCGAAAACUCAGGCAGUUCAUCACACCGUUCGCAGAAGCUUGAUUUCGCCAUUACUAUACUUCAAGCUUUGCGCUUCGUGCUUUUUUAUCAGAGCUCAGACAUGCAGGCCUUGGUGCCAUACAAGCAAACGAGUUUGAAUUGGUUGCCAAACUCUGAGCAUAAACAGCAACAUAAGUGGUUGCAGCAGCGACAGCAACAACCUGUGGCUUGUGGUAAUACCAAUAUUUCCUUGGGUAGCGAAAUAAAUGAUGAUAACCACCUUAGCUUUACUGGCUCAGAUUCAUCGUUUUCUCACUAUGUCGAUGCCUCUCCCUUUUCUCCUAAACUCUGCAUUCGGCUAGCCUCGGCAAAAGACCUUACCGAACAAGUUUCAACUUCUUGUCUCGUUAUGACGCCCAAGGAUCUGGUUUCUCAGGAUCCUCCAGGCUUUUCUGAAGAAUACGUUGAUAUCAUCUGCAACUUCUCAAGCAAGCCCUUUACGAACAAUACUAAUCACUGCGUCUCCACACCAAUCGUCCUAGACAUGCAUGAUCCAGAGCUGGUGCUGCGCAGUCCUAUAAAUCUACUUCAGCUGCCGGAGAAACGAGUUCGAGUGGGUGGCUUGUUUGCUUAG